AUUACUGAAAUAGAUAAUUUUAUUUUUGUAGGUAUAAGUAUCGAUACAUUCUURAAUUGUAAUAAAAUUAAGAGUUUAACUAAAAAUCCAGAAGAUAUAAUUAAAGCUAUAGAAAGCUCUAGUGUUUUAUCUGUUAGUGACUGUAAAACCAAUAUUUAUAGAAUUAAGCCUAUUGAAGAAAAACUACCAGAGGAUAUUGAACGCUGUACCGUAUAUGUGGAACAAUUGCCUCCUAAAGCAGAUCAUGAUUGGAUUAAAUCAAUAUUUGAAAAAUAUGGGAGUGUUGCUUAUAUUUCAUUGCCUAAAUUUAAGAGUGGAACAAUUAAAAGAUUUGCAUUUAUUGAAUUUGAAAACGAAGAAUCUGCUAUCAAAGUUGUCGAAGAAUAUAAAAAAUUACACGAGGAAUCAAAAAUUCUUCCUGAAGAACUGCAAAGUAUAAUUACUUUUGAAGAAGAUGGAGAUAAAAAAGAUACAGAUGCAAGUACUGACAAUGUUAGGUUGUUGAAAAAAAGAAAACAUUCUAUCAGCAUAGAAGAUGUAAAAGAAAAAAAAAUGAAGAAAGAAACACCUCCUGAAGUAAGCUGUUCUGGAAUUAAAAAUAGUAAAAAGAAGAAGAAAAAAGAUAAAACUAAGAAAAGUGAUUUGGAUGGUGAACAAAAAAAUUCUUCUUUUGAAAUUAGUGAGAGUGAAAAUAACCAAAAAGMUUUAAUUGAAAAUCUUGAUAUCAGUAUUUCAAAACCAGAAGAAAUAAUCACAAGUGAUGAUGAUAAAAAAGGAACAAGUAUUGAGCCAAACAAUACUGAUUCAAAUAAAAAAAAAAAAAGAAAACGAAAUAAAGGAAAAAAAGUCAAAUUAGAUACUAAUUUAACUUCACCUGUGUUAAGAAUAAUGUCAAAAACUGAGUGGAGAAAACUAAGAAAUCAAUUUUUAAAUAUGCAGCGACAAAAAAUGUCUUUAUUAAAAGCCCAGUUGCGGCGUCCAACAUUUAAUGAAAAUUUCAAUACUCAUUUUCAUGAAAAUUUGGGGAAAAGUAAUGAGGCCAAUACUAAUAUUGAAAGUCUAGAUGUAGAAUUACUCAAAAAGAAUGAUGUUCGUGUAAAGUAUGAACCUGGUGUUAUAUUGAAAAUUUCAUUUGCAAAUCCAAUUGAAUCUGAUAAAUUAUUUAAAGCUGAAGCAAAAAUUGAUCCAAGUGUAAAGUUUGUUGAUGUUGUACACAAUUCUGAAGCUUAUGUACGAUGCGAUUGUCAAGAAACUGCUCAAAAAAUAGCAGAAGAAAACCGAUGGCCUCAAACUAGAUUAUUAACUGGCGAAGAAGAAAAGCUGUAUUGGAAUAAAAUUUUAAGAGAUAGAGAAAUUAAAUGUACCAAGCAAAAAGAAACUAAAAAACCACGAGGUCGUGAAAAGCUAAUUAAAAAAGCAGAAAAAAGAUUGGCUCAACAUGUUACAUUUAAUCUAGAGGAUAAUGAAUAAAUAUUAAUAUUACAAUGUUAAUCAAAUUCCAUUUUAAUUUUGAUAUGAGUAAUAAUUGUAUAUCACACAGUUUCUUUUGUGCGAAUCUGAUGAUAAUUUUUUAUAAUAAAUGACUCAAUAUUUAUGAUGA